UCUGGUGCUGCCGAACUGUUUUGAUUAAGCACCGGAAGUGUCUGGGGUGACAUUUGUUACUGGCUACGAAGGCAUGUGUUAGCAGAUGUGGUGCGACAACACGUCCUUGUAAUAUACGUGUUGUAGUUUUGUAUUUAUCUGUCUGUACCAGUAAUAAGAAGCAUGAUGACAACACGGGGAUGUCGGUUUCUUCUUCAGCGGGGAGCUCAGCUCGUCUUUCAUCGGACAGCAGGAAGUGAAAGGCCUGUCCCGCCGGUGGGUGGUAUCAAUACAGCUCAUACCUGGUUUGACGAACACCUCACAGAAGACAACCAGAAGUACAUGAGGAACAUCAUGGCAGAAGAAUACAAUCAACUGACAGCUGCGAGGCUCAACCCACUCAAAGAUGAGCCCUGGCCGAGACACGAGUGGACGGAGGGAAGUCUAAGAGUUGGAGUAAUUGCUGUCAAGUUAGGGAUGGCUCCUAUCUGGACUAAAACAGGAGAAAGAUUUGCAGUCACCAUGUUACAGGUGCAGGACUGCCAUGUAAUAAAGCACCUGCCUAAAGAAGAGUACGACGGACGCACUGCUGUUCUUAUUGUCGGUGGGAAGAACGUAUCACCAUUCUAUAGGUCCGAAGAGAAAAUGGAGAUGUUCAGGAAUGUGGGCGUGCCUGCAAAACAGAAACUCUCAUUCUUUAAAGUGUCGGACAACGCCAUCAUCAAACCAGGCACUCCUCUGUAUGCAGCACAUUUCCGUCCUGGCCAAUACGUAGACGUCGUAGCCAAAUCCAUCGGCAAGGGUUUUCAAGGUGUAAUGAAGCGAUGGGGAUUCAAAGGUCAGCCUGCCAGUCACGGUCAAACCAAAACUCAUCGUAGACCAGGAGCUUCUGGUCCAGGAGGGGAUCCAGGCAAAGUUUUCAAAGGGAAGAAGAUGCCUGGCAAAAUGGGUAACCGCUUCACCACAGAUCUCGGACUGAAGAUAUGGAGGGUGAAUACCAAAUAUAACUUGCUGUAUGUUCACGGCUCUGUUCCCGGUCACAGGAACUGUGUCCUGAAGGUAAAAGACACUAUACUGCCAUCCAAGCGUUCCGCCCUUAUCAACCCUCCUUUCCCUACCUACUUUGCUGAAGAUGGUGAACUGGAUGAAGACCUGUACGAUGACGACUUGUUCGUUCACACAGAGCCGUCAAUAACGCUGACCUGAAAUCAGACUCCCUCGUUUGGCUAAAUCCCACCCACACCUGUAAACUGUGUCUGGAUACUUUAAUAAAGUACUCAUUCUUAAA